ACGCCCUGAGUUUGGACUUCUAGCCUACUAGACUGUGAGAAAAUAAAUUUCUCUUUGUUAAAGCCAUCCACUUAUGCUAUUUUUGUUAUAGCAGCACUAGAUGACUAAGACAUUGAGAAUGGCACAAGGUAUGUAUUUCUGGGGUGAUGGAAAUGUUCUAUAUCUUGAUAAGCAUGUGGGUUGCACACUUGUAUGCAGUUGCCAGAACUCAUUGAACUGUACAUUCAUUGCACGGUAUGUAAGUUAUACCCCAGUUUUUUUAAAAAAGUCAGGUCUCUCCCCCAAAUUUUAUAAAACUUCAGCCCAGUAUUUGGUUAAGUGUCUGAGCCUUGUCUGUGGGGUGCCAGUGAACACGUGUGGUGGACAAGAGCUUAGUCUGUCAAACCUCUAGGAAUGCCCCUCAUUUGAGACCUUGAAACUGAUGGAGGUAACAGCUUUUGGAUAGCAAAAAUUUAUUUAAGGAUAACUGAGAGGCAUUUUGUGCUGGUGCAUGCCAAUAUGGAAGGGCACCGUCAGCCAAGCUCCUCUUGUCAUAAAGAAACAACACUGGGUGGGUCAUCAAGUAUCAGCGAGUUCCCUGUGUAUGGAGUCAGAACUUUUCUCCGUUGAAGUUUAGCAUAGCUUAGAGCUUCUUAAGAAUUUGCAUUUCUCAGAAUGCCUUAAGUUUCCAAAAGGGGCUCACAGAGUAAGAUUUUUUUUCUAGGGACUUAACUUUUUUCAUUGACAGUUGUGCUCCUAAGAUUCAUCCAUGUUGUGCGUGCCGCUGGGUUCAUUCAUCUCACCCUGUAGGAGGCUCCACUGUGUGAAUUGUGAUUAUUUUCAUAUAUUGCUUUUAUUAUCAGGAAAAAAGUCAACAAGACAGUCCUUGCCCCUGAGGUCGGUUGGGGCUUAGGUGUGCUCUUUCCCAGGUUUUUGUCCUGUCUGCUCCCACUGGUAAGCAGAGGCUUGAGUGGACAGGAGGAGGAAAGAACGGGAAUGCAUUGACUGAACAUUUGUGUUUUUAAAAUCCUAGGGCUAUGUGAUGCUUAGUGAAGAGGGAUAAAUUGGUAAUGCUCAGGGAAGACAGAUAGCCAGAUGGCCCACUGUCCCCGUAUUCUAGACUCAUUUGCAGAAGUAGCCCUGAGCCAGGACUUGUUCAAAAGAGCACGACAGAGUUGUCACGCAGGGCGCAGGUUUGCCUGUGUGUGUCGCUGCUGUGUCGACACAGACAUCUGCUGUUCUUUCUGUUCCUCCUAUGCACUACCUGUAACUAGCCUUAAGUGUGUGUGACUUCCUGCUUGCGUUCUGUCACCUGUAUCUCAGUACCACUGUUUAAGCAUGACUGUAGCAUGCAGGUAAUGCCACUGUAUCCCUCACUUCUCCUCUCACAGAUAAACACUGAAGAACUCGAGGAGGAGCCCGUGGUGAAUGGGGACAAGUCAGACUGCAUGCCCACAGACACCGUGGUUUCAGGGAACAAAGGGAGAGCUAAACAUGGAAACACAGAGACCAAGAAGGAUGGAGAAGGGGUUGAGAAGGCAGCAGCCUCUGAGCAGUCUAAUUCAAGCGGCAAACUCCGAAAGAAGAAAAAGAAACAGAAGAAUAAGAAAAGCACGACAGGAGAGACUUUGGAAAACGGGCUGGAAGAUAUUGACCGCAUCUUAGAGAGAAUUGAGGACAGAGGUGGGUUGGCCCGGCCUGGCCCACCACCCCUGAGCUCCAGGAAGCACGUGCUCCACGUGGAGCACAGGCACUUGAAUCCAGACACAGAACUGAAGAGGUACUUUGGUGCUCGGGCGAUCCUGGGGGAGCAAAGGUCUCGGCAGAGACAGCGCGUGUACCCUAAGUCCAUGUGGCUGACGACCCCCAAGAGCACUUGGCCCCGGUACUCCAAACCAGGUCUCUCGAUGCGGCUGCUGGAGACGAAGAAAGGGCUCUCUUCCUUUAUGUUUGAGCACAGUGAAGAGUACCAGCAGGUGCAGCACAAAUUCCUGGCAGCUGUGGAGUCCAUGGAGCCCAACAACAUUGUGGUCCUGCUCCAGACGAGCCCCUACCACGUCGACUCACUCCUGCAGCUCAGUGAUGCCUGCCGGCUCCAGGAGGACCAGGAGAUGGCCCGAGACCUCAUAGAGAGGGCACUGUACAGCAUGGAGUGCGCAUUCCACCCCCUGUUCAGCCUCACCAGUGGGACCUGCCGGCUGGAUUACCGCAGACCCGAGAAUAGGAGCUUUUACCUGGCGCUGUACAAGCAGAUGGUCUUCCUAGAGAAGAGGGGCUGCCCACGCACAGCCCUGGAGUACUGCAAGCUCAUCCUGAGCCUGGAGCCGGACGAGGACCCCCUGUGCAUGCUGCUGCUGGUGGACCACCUGGCGCUGCGGGCCCGCAGCUACGACUACCUGAUCUUCCUCUUCCAGGAUUGGGAGGCUCAUCGGAACCUGUCCCAGCUCCCAAAUUUUGCCUUCUCCGUGCCAUUGGCAUACCUCCUGUUGAGUCAGCAAGCUGACCACCCACAGCAUGAGCGCAGUGCCGCUAGGGAGAAAGCUUCGGUCCUGAUCCGGCAGGCACUCACCAUGUUCCCUGGAGUCCUCAUGCCGUUGCUGGAGUAUUGCAGCGUGCGGCCCGAUGCCACCGUUGCCAACCACCACUUCUUUGGACCCAACGCCCAGAUCAGUCAGUCGCCUGCGCUGAGCCAGCUGGUGACCCUGUAUCUCGGGAGAUCGCACUUUCUCUGGAAAGAACCCGCCAUCAUGAGCUGGCUGGAGGAGAAUGUCCACAAGGUGGUGCAGGCAGUGGACUCCGGGGACCCCGCCGUGGCCGCCUGCGAGAGCAGGCGGAGGGUGCUCUACCAGCGUGCACCCAGGAACAUCCACCGCCACGUGGUUCUCUCCGAGGUCAAGGAGGCCGUAGCCACCCUGCCCCCGGAUGUGACUACACAGUCUGUGGUGGGCUUUGAUCCUCUGCCUCCUAUGGACACCAUCUACUCCUACGUCAGACCUGAGAGGCAAACUCCUGUUGGCCAGGCGAAUACAGUGGCACUCUUCUUCCGGUCCUUGUUGCCAAAUUACACCACGGAGGAGGACAGGUUGCAAGAAGAGCGGCUGGAGGAAGAAGGAGGAGGCAUAGCCGAUGGCCUAGACCGCGUCCAGGGCCUGAACAGGCUGAUGAUAGCUGUGCGUGAAAUGAUGGCCAACUUCCAAUUCAAUGACCUGGACCUACCGCGCCGGGAGAACUGGGAGAAUCCUGAGAACCUGGAGAACCCUGAGGGCCAGGGCGGGGGCCAGAGUGAGGGCCAGGGGGAGGGGGAGGGGGAGGGGGAGAGCGAAGGCCAGGGUGAGGAGGGGGAGUGGGACUGA